GCUUUGGUUUGUUUCUCUACAUCCCUUCCCUUUCUGUUUUCUUCUUCGCACUCUCGCUCUCUGUAACUACAUGGAUUCACAGUUGAAUAAUAGCAACAGAGAGUAAUUUACUAAAAUCUCUCCCAACGAGUCCUUGUUCCUUGGGAUCAGCCCCAAUCUCAUUUCCAAGACAAGCAGAGAGUAUGGCGGAGGGAGAAGAAGACAUGCCAAGGGAUGCCAAGAUUGUGAAAUCAUUGCUUAAAUCAAUGGGUGUCGAGGAUUAUGAACCUCGUGUUGUGCAUCAGUUUUUGGAGUUGUGGUAUCGUUAUGUUGUUGAUGUGUUGACAGAUGCACAGGUUUAUUCAGAGCAUGCUAACAAAACUGCAAUUGACUGUGAUGAUGUCAAGCUUGCUAUUCAAUCUAAAGUCAAUUUCAGCUUCUCGCAACCCCCACCUAGAGAGGUUUUACUAGAGUUGGCCAGAAAUAGGAACAAAAUCCCGUUGCCUAAGUCAAUAGCUGGGCCUGGUAUCCCUCUUCCACCCGAGCAGGACACGUUGAUCAGUCCAAACUAUCAACUUGCUAUCCCAAAGAAGCGGACGGCCCAGGCAAUAGAAGAGACAGAGGAGGAUGAAGAAAGUGCUGAUCCCAACCAAUCACAAGAACAGAAGACGGAUCCUCCACAGCUUACUCCUCAAAGAGUAUCCUUUCCCCUCACCAAACGUCCCAAGUGAGAAUUAUAUAUACUGCAACGUAGGAUUCCAAGACAUUCUCUUGACCUGAGAAGAAUGAGCCCGUGUGAAAAGGAAUUAAGGACGAACUAUUGGAUCAUUGUAAAAUUGGAGUCUUUAUGUGAAUGCUAUGUGUUUUGGAUUAUUAUGAUCUUACUAGCUAUAGGUUCCAAGUCAUGUCUUCCAUUAGUUGUUCAAGCAGUAUGAAUUCUCCUGAUUCCAGUACAUUCUUUACCCGGCUCAAGUUUGAAAUA